CCUCGCCACUCCCAAAACCCUCUUUAACAGUCUACCUACAAAUAAGGAACAAUCACUUUAUUUCGCCACGAGCUCAUUCCCACGCCGCCCAGCUCGUCUGCGAAAUGGCGCAACUCCGGACAGCGAUUGACUCGGCAUUUUGGGAUCUCAACGUGUCUACUGCUCGAACCCUAGACGGUACAGCCAGGUCCAUUCCGGACGAGCCCAUGCCAAUGAACGGCGGUAGAACCAAUCAAGCUCUCCGAAUACAACAGCUCUCUCUUAUCGGAAAUGGGUUCCCUCUAGGUCUCGUCCCUUCUUUCUCUCCUCCGUCUAGGAAAGAAUUGGGCUCUUUUGCUCUCCAGUCUCUCUUUCUCAGAGCUGCCAUUUCAAAUUGGUGGGUUGGAUUAGUGGGACAAGUUCGUCCUAAGAAGCUGAUAUCUAAACUCAAAGAAGAAAUAAAUGCCAUCAGAGCAGAGAUAGGUCCGAAAAUCGAGUGGGUGGAUUUGGAACUGUCAACAUUCAAAGGUCUGCCUAAGUGUUUUAUUGACAAAUCAUUUUAUUGGCUUGGUGCAUGCUCACACCUUUCCCUGACGGAUUCGUCUUCCAUAUUAUUAAACAUGGAGAAGCCGGGUGAGAGGGAGGGGCAACGCGUGAAGGCAAUGUUCAUGCAUAAGCUUCCAGACCAUGACAUUACAUUGGAAACUGCUUGGCCUGAGCGAUUCAUAGAUCACAAAGGAAGAUACUGGGACGUUCCAGAGUCAAUAUCUCUUGACUGCGCAUCACUCGUUUCAUCAUCCGGAUUGCGAUAUCGGUUUGGUAUACAUAAAAACAGCGGCCAACCCAUUGCGAUUGAUAACACUAAUGAUGCACCCCCUCCUGCUCUGAUGCCAGGAGUAUGUGCAAAAGCUGCUUUUUCUUAUGAGAAGCAAAAAGAAAUUUGGAGAGAGAAAGAAGAAGAGAAAGAUUGUUUCAUAAUGAGAAAUGAGCAGUUGUAUUUCAGGCCUGCUUAUGAUCUUCAUCUUAAGGAGCCUCACGCAACAAUAUCUGGAAUCAUUGGUGGAACUUGUGCUGCAUGGGUUGGUGGUGGAAAUCACACUUAUCUAGGCUCUACUAGGAGCAGCUUCAGUGCUGACUUGUUUGCCUCGGCUAGCUAUACUUUCCAGCAUGGAAAAUUCAGAAAUUUAUUUAAUGACCUCACCAGAGUAGAUGCUCGUUUAGACAUACGUUCUGCGGCAGCAUUAGCCAAACGGGUUUCUAAACUUUUCACGGGUGCUACCAGUAACAGUGCAAGAGAUGGACUGUAUUCCCCCAGGCUGAACUUGAUCUUACAACAGCAGGUGAUUGGACCAGUUGUGUUCCGCAUUGACUCGAGGUAUUGUAUUUCAUCAUCUGGAUUACCUUUGCCAAGAUUAGAAGAUUAUGUGCUUAGCUUGGACUACUCCCUCAGAGUACUGCAUUCUGGGAAAGUGGUGGCAUGGUAUUCUCCCAGGAGAAAUGAGGCUAUGCUUGAAUUGCGUGUGUUUGAGUUCUAAAACCCACUUCCUGUUAUUAUUAGCUACAACCAGCCCCCUAACUUUGCAGGUCAGGGUGGGUUGAUGUUUUAUGCAAACAAUUCUGUUGUAUCACCCUGCCAGCGUCUUACACAGACUUCUUUUAAUAUCUAUGAAUAUGUUCUUUAUCAUCCAACACUCCAAGUGGGUUUUGGUGGAUGGUCUUGUCAAUGAGAUAAACAAACCUUUUCGUGAUAUAUAAACUCGGCGCAUCAAGUCACUAUGAUUUAAGAAAUGCAUCAAAUCCACUUGUGUUAUACU